AUGAAGACGUAUAACACUUUGAUUGUCACUGCGCUGGCACUUGCAAGCAUUGGCAGCAGCGUGGUGGAAGCAGCGGUGGCUGCAGCGCCGCCUCUGGCGAGGCAGUUGGACCAGGUUGGCUCGGCGAUUGGUGUCGGUGGCACUGGAGGAUCGUCGCAGCACAAUGACUACUCGCACGUCGCUCCCGGUAACGAUGUGAUCAACGGUGGUGCGCAGAGCGCGUCUCUUCAAGGCAUUGCAGGUAGCGUGCUGCAAAGAGGCAACGGCGUAUCCAACAUUCUCAGGCGGGACGAGCCUGCUGCUGAUGACCAGGCGGGCGGCGCGACCGGCUACGGUGGCACCGCGGUUACCACGCAGGACAACGACUUUUCGCACGUUGCUCCGGGCAACAAGGUGCACCAGGGCGGUAGUCAGCAUGCUUCGCUCAACGGCGAGGCGGGCAGCGUGCUGCAGGGCUACAACCCGGGACUGCUGGGCCUGUUGAAAAGGCGUAUCGACCAGGAGGGUGGUGCCAGUGGGUAUGCGGGCCACUCGGGGGCAUACCAGGACAAUGACUUGUCGGGCGUGGCACCGGGCAACGAUGUGCAGGUCGGCGGGACUCAGUCGAGCUCCAACACGGGCGCGGCGGGCUCGGUGGACCAGUGGUUCGAGCGUGCCCGUCUGGCUCGAAGGGUGAUCUCCCCCAACGCUCCCACCCUCAACACGGGCACGGAUGGCAACCGACUGGGCCUCAACCUCGGCGACCACAGUGUUGCCCCCGCCACCGACGUGCAGCAGUACCCGACCAGCUGCGCCCAAGGUGGCAGUACCUGCGUUCCUCACUACCUCGGCCUCGAACCCGUCGAACGCCCUGCGCUUUAA